AAUAAAUCGCCUGCAGAGUGAGCGCCCUACCGCCGGUCGUCAGCGAAUCAUUAAGCACUCAGCCUUGUUCUAGCCCCAACAAUCGACCGCAGCAUCGCCAACUCACGGACCCCCCACGUCAUUCGCCGCUGUGUUGGUCCCUUGAAAGACUGCUCAAGUUUGGUAAUCAGUCGGUUCGGAAGUGGCUCUUUGACUUCCGCGGCCAUCAAAGGAAACACGCUGAUUUGUUUACCUCCCGUGGAUUCCGAAGCGUAAUGCUGGCCGUUGUCCAUCUUUCAUGGCGACGUGAGACACCGGUCAAGAGCGCAUGCCUGACAGCGCCGAAUGGCCAGUCGACUCAUCUAGCCGAGUCCCUUGCACGGUCAUCAUUGGAUGAGAAUCGGUUCCCGAAUUCUUUUCGCUGAAGGCAAGCGACAGCAGGGAAUAUGGACCUAUCACCCCGAAGCCACAGUCGAACUCGUGUUUGUCAAACCUACUUGUUCGUUAAUAUUUAGGGCUUGUCCUCCCUCUGCUUCCUGGCUGCAAAUUCUGCACCUCGUUUACCUUUUCGUACCCUUUACGGUCUUUAGCCUAGAGCAGCGCUCUCCCACACUCAUUGUGAUCGCAUCAGCUUUACUUUGCUUUGCAAACGUCACUCCUUUACCGUUUGCAUACUCGAUCCCUCAAGUUUGCGCCACAUCCAAUCUUCGCGCAAAACACCUUUCAUACUCUGCAGAUAUAUCAUUCACUGCAUUGCGAUAUCUAUCAAAUCCAAUCCUUCGAGUUUUCAGAGGCACUCGCCAUUUUAUUAUCGCGUACCGGAUCUUUUAUAGUCACAGCUUGAGCGCCGAAAUCAUGAAGGUCACCACCAUCGCAUCCGUUCUCUGCCUCGCUGCGACCCAGCUUGUCGCUGCAGACACCGUUACCUCAACGGCGACAAAUACGAUCACUAAAACGGUGUACCGUGUUACCGCCCAAACUGCCGCUGAAAGUCUGCCGGCCACGCCUCUUGGUUCUUCUGCAGCCUCUACGGGCUCGGUGGCCUCCAGCCAUGCGCACCACGCGAGCACUGCGUCGGGUAGCUCAGCCAGCACGGCUAGCCCGUCAGUUACUCUGAGCUCCGCUGCUGGAGUCUUUGACGCCAACAUGCCCGUUGCGCUCGUUGCUGGUUCCGUAGCUGUCUUGUUGGGCUACCUGUAAUCCCAUCGUCCGACAGUGGUAGCCUCACCAAGUGCUGUGAGACUUGUUAACGGUCAGCCAUGAUGUCUUCAGAUAUCAUUACCGGCUAUAGUGAUUACUGGAGCCCAUUACUGGCAGAUCGACUUUCUUUCUUUCUUUCUUUUUUUCCCCCCUUCUUCCCUUUACUUCUGUGAUACCAUUUCUUCCGAAUACUUUCCUUCUCUUCUUCCAAAGGUUUGUCUUGAAGAUGAUGACAACCUGGAAGAAGCUGGGUGUUAAGGAUACAUGAUAUGCUGAUAUACCCCUUAUGACUGCGAUUUGUUACGAGUGGAUGGUGUUUGAUGUACCCGUUGGUUACAGGCCGCCGGUGUUCUUGCAAUCAGUUUGCUUGCGAAUAGUCGAUCCAAUACAACAGGCGACGCACUAUGGAACUGCAGCAUGCUGUUCGUGAUGUAUAUAGAUCGAUUGAUAUUCCAAAGAACGUACUGGUUGACUACGUAUUUUAUUAUUUUUUCACAAAGAGUCACUCUUCCUAGUAAUAUACUAGACAAAUCAAUGUAAGAUGGACUAGGCGGAGACGAUCGCAUCAGAUAAAAAAGCCGAGCCGAGUGGGCC